CGCAAACAAACCACCAUAGCUCAUGAGAUGGGGCCUUGGCCUGUGUGGGUGUGGAUCAGGGCGGGCUGCCUGGAGGAAGGGGCCUCGGAGCUGUCAGGCAGGCAUUGCUGGCAGAGGCGGAAGGCGGCAGACCAGGCCCAGUGUCCACCAUGCUCUCUGUGACGCCCAUCUCUGGUUGCCUUGGUUUCCCCAUCUGCCCCUGCCCACCGCCCCCUCCCCCCAUUACCCGGAACCCUGACCAGUGGGUGGGCCACAGCCUGGAAUCCGCUGCCUGGAGUAACCGGAGAAACAGAACUCCGCAGGACUCUGUGCCUCCGCUCUGGGUGGGCUACCUGUGCUCCCACUUGCUACCCUCCUGGCCUGCGCAGCCAGGCCCCCGCCUCCCCAUGCAGCACCCCAAACACUUCUACGCACCCGCCGCUCCCCAAGAAGGCUUCAGUCCCCAGAGCCUGGACGCCACCGAAGGGCCCGGCAGCCAGCCUGCUUCUGCCUGCACAGAGCCUCUUCCCGUUGUGGGUUCCUCCAACGUCUGUCACCCCCCAAACCUGGAGAAAGAGGUGUUUCCAGCUCCUCCAGCAGGUUUCCAGAUGGCUCCCUGCGGCUGCUUCUUUGACCCCCGCGUCUACCGAAUCGAGUGGACCACCACCGACUUCGGCCAGUCGUCCCUGUACAAGCUGGCGGCCAGGGGCCCCGCCUCGCCAGGCACCUACUUCCUGGACGCACAGCACUGCCUCAGGGCCCCGGUGCCGCCCCCACUGUUACCCCACUACCAGCCGCCCCCUGCGGGGCCCCGGUACCGCAUGCCCUGCUUCCCGCCCGAGGGGCCCGGGCCCGAGGCCCUGGGCUUCGUAGGGGACGGAGUGCCCCCCGCCUUGGUCAAGCAAGGCCUGGCGCCCCUGCUGCCCCCCAAGGAGAGCGAGCUGCCCCCGCUGCUCAUCACGCUGCCCGCCGAGGCCACGCUGCCCCCUGGCGCCUAUGGCCCUCUCAGGGGCCGCUUGACCCAGCUGGAUGGGCCCGGCGAGCCCCUGACCUUCACCUUCAAGGAGCCGCCCCCUGGCGCCGGGCCCGGCCUGCUGUACCCGCCGGGCCCCACCGAGCCCAAGGCAGCCCCGCUGGGGCCAGGCGAGGCCAGGACCCCUGAGGUGGCCAGGGCCUUCACGCCGCCCAAGAAGGUGAUGCUCGAGGAUGCGAUGAAGCUCUUUGACUGCCUGCCGGGCGGCCCCGAGCCCGCUGGGGCCCCAUGCAAGUCCCCUGGGCCUGCCCUGCCCAACAGCGGGGGCAGUGGGAACGACUCGUUCAGUGACAUCCGCUCAUUGCACCUGCCCGACGAGCUGCUGUCCUCGGACUACAGCGUGCCCGAGGUCCUGGAUAUUGUGUCCGACAUGGACUUCUUUUACAACUUAAAGGCGCUGGACGAGGAGCCGCCGCCCUGCCCGGGGGUGCCCCCCACCGCCAAGCCCGGCAAGAGGAAGGCCGGCAACCCGACUGCCAGGAAGGGGAGGCAGGGCAGCAAGGGCAAGCAGGCUGUGGUCCCCACCAGCGCCACCCCAUUGGGGCCCAGGCAGGACCUGGGAGCCGCCCCGCAUUAAAGCGGAUUUGAGCUGUU